AUGUCGCGGCCGAGUCACCUGUGUUCCGGGAUCGGGCAGAUAAGGGUUUCCCCGGGAGUCCCGGCGCCUGCGGGGAACCAGACCCACCCCGGAGCGGCCGCUCACGCAGCCCUGGCUUUGAUUCUGGAGCCGGGGAGGCGGAAUUCACCGAACGGCGGCGGGUGCGUGACGGACGACGACCGCGCCUCGCCGGCGUCUGUGUUUCCCGACGGGGGGAAUCAUGCCAGCAUGAGUGGACCUUACACAGGCCGCGGCAGGGAGACUCAACAGUUCAGCUGCCCUUUGACCCCGGGCCGUGACCCCUCCGCCCAGUCCUGCCCACCCAGACGGCAUGAUCACAGGACGGGCCUGACCAUGUCCGCCGCCGCCUCCUCCCUCAAGCAUGCGUCGGUGUACGGGUUCGCCCAGCGGGACCGCGCCUCCUCGCCGCCGUCCGCCCCGUCGUCCUCGGCCUACAGCCCCCUCCGGAGGCUGCAGCACCUCACCACCAUGGUCAGCCAGCCCGACCUGGUGCUGCCGGUGAUGGAGCCGGAGGGCGGCUGGGACUGGGGCGCGCACAAGAAGGAGAGGGGGAAGGCGGUGGAGAGGGACUCCUGGGCCGACUACUCCAACGGCGGCUCCUCGUCUGGACAGAAGCAACCCGACGUCCAAACGGGAAGUAGAAACGCCGCGGCGGGGGCGGCCGCUAGCUGCGAUCCCGUGGCGCCGGAGAAAAAGACCGAGGGCUGUUUCUCAGGCCCGCCGAGCCCGGCCUUCUCCCUGGACAGCAACAGCCCCUUCGCUAACGGCUUGCUCCACUUUGAAUCCUCGUUGUUUGAGGAUGACGAUAACGACGAAGAGCAGGGGGCCGCGCCGCCGGCCGCCGUCGAGGAGGUUAAAGACGAGAAGACGGCGGACGCUGUUCAGCCCACUCCGAGAGACUUGCCCCCGGAGCCCAAGGAUAAUACAGUGUCGUCGGCCAAAGUAGUGACGCGCUCGCAGUCGUCGGGUCAGCGCAGGCGGUACUGGGACGGCUCGGAGGACGAGUGGGAGAGCGACGCCGAGCUCUUCCUGUUCGAGGACGCUCUCUUCAGGCACACAGUGCAGACGAGCCUCAAGAAGAAAUCUUUGCCGCCUGUGAAGUUCGACGAGGGUGAAAUAGUUUGGGCAAAGUUCAACCGGAGACCGUGGUGGCCCUGCGAGGUGAUUGUUGACCCCAGGCAGGGAGUCUAUCACCGAGUGAAAGAGCCCAGCGACCGUCCCUGCCGACUCUACCAUGUCAGGACCUUCGGGGAGGAGGAGGAGGUCGUCUGGGUGGAGGAGAAAUCAACUCACACCUUCCACGGAGGCUUUGAAUUCGAGCAGCUUCUCCUGCUGCACCGGAGGGGGAAGCAGAGGGAGCAGAGCAACAGAUACACUAUUGCUAAGCGUUUUCAGGAAUCUUGGAAAGCCAGCGUGGAAGAAGCUGAGUCUGUUUUGGCAGCCAAAUUGGCCUCUUUAGUGACAUCGACUGCAGAGGAUGCCUUCACAAACCGUUUAACAGCGGAGGAAGAAAACAAACAGGAUUCAGCGUUUCCCCUUUCCACCUCACCUGGUUCCACCCUUCUAGAGACAUCAAGCUUAACAAAUGGAUCUAUCUCUUCCCCGGUAGUCUCAUCCCCAAUCGCACCUCCAACAAAGCAACGCACUUUAAAGAAAUCUUCUGGCAAGAAAAAGCUGAGCAAACCUACAAAGGACGUGAGCACUACAGCAUCUAAAAAAAAGCUACGCAGUAGCCCUGAGCAUUCAGACAGAGAGUCUGGAGAAUGUCCGUACUCGGAUCUGGAUUCAGUCCCUAAGAUUUUGUGUCCUAAAGCACUUGAACGUCAGUCGAAGACAGCUCCAACACAGCCUUCUGUCACCAUCACCAAAGAGGUGAAGAAGCAGCCGGAGAUUCAGAGCGGUCUUUGGUUUAGUAAAUCUGGCAAAGAUCGGCGACCAAAAACAACCAGUCCAAUGCCAGACCGGACCCUAUUUGGUAAAGUUCCCUGUAAGAAAAAGAACUCCUCUGUUGUUAGUAAAAAAGCAUUAGUUCCUGGCACCUCAUCAGCAUCCUUAUCCUCUAGUAGCGUGAGCAGUGAGCAGUCGGGUUUGUCGAACAAGUGUAAAGAUGUUGAAAACAAUGUGGCACAUGAACCAUUAGGCCACGGGAAGUGUAAAAACGCUACAGCUUCAAGCAGGCUUCUUGGUACAACUGGCGGUCCUCUUGAGCAGAAGUCUGUAGUCUCAGUUGAGAAUGAAUGUUCAAAAAGUGCACAGACAGACAGCACUUCAACAGACACUAUUACUGGUCCCUUGUCUGGUCAGUUGAGUAGCACAGUGGCUAAGAAGACCUCGGAGGCAAGCAUAAAAUCCAAUGUAAAUGACCAAUCCAAGUUAUUAGAGAGUGUCACGAGCACCAGUCCAACAAAGAAUAUGGACCUGAUAGCCCCAACAGACGUUCAAACAACUGAGAAGAGUUUGAACCAAGACAAGAAUUGCAAGAAGUCUUCAGUCCCCAGUUUACCAACAGAAGCUGCUAACUCAUUAUCAACACUAGAGAAGCAAAGCCUUUUGGUAUCCAAGUGUCGCCUGCCCUUUGUGAAACUAAUACGCAAUGAACUAAAGGAUAAUACAUUCCUAAACCCCUGUGUAACUAUUCGACCCACUGACCAACCUGAGUGCAUAUGGAAGGAAAAAACACCAGAAAAUGAGGAGACCAAAACAUUAUCGAAACAACCAGUCACUUCGGAAGGCAAAGCAAGAUCCCCCAUCAUUCAGAUAGUCAGGCCAGAAUCUAUAAAAGUUUCAGUCAAGAAACUGCAAGGAUUUAGUGAGUCUGGUUUGUUUCAUGUAACAUCAGAACUGUCAAACAAAGAUGUUUGUGUUGCUGAAGGGUCCGCUGGUGAUAAGCAAGAGUUUGUAGGUGACCCAGAAGCAGAACAGACAUCAGUUUCAGAUGUGAGCACUAAUGAUGUGCCUCACACAUCUUCUGAUCAAUUAGAACUGUCAGAAAGUAAAAUAACUCCCAUUUCCAGUGAAAUGAGCAAAUCUGCUAAGCCUUUGACACAAAAACUCUCAUCACAAGACAAAGUUCCUCUUAAAUCCCCCAGUAAAGCUGCUGCUGAGCCUUCACAACCAACUUGUGGUACUCCCUGCACAAUUGCACAGCCUUCAAAACCAUCUUCUAGCGCUUCUUGUGUGAAUGAUCAGCCUCUGCAACCAGCUUCUAGUACAUCUUGUACAACUACUCAGCCCUCAAAGCUGCUCAAAAAUUCAAUGUACAAGAACAACCUUGCACCCGAAGAUCUGGCAUCUGAAAAAUCCAAGAAGAUUCCUCGCAAAUCAAAGCAGAUUCCAGAUGAAGUGGAGAGAAUUCUGCAGGAGCAGCCACACAAAAACUCAAUAUGUCAGAUAGAUUCUUCACAUGAGGGUCUUGCGACAGACAAAUCCAAGAAACUUCAUCACAAACCAAGGCAGGCUCUAGAUGAAAUUGAGACGGUUCAACAAGAGCAGCCACACAAAAUCCCCAAAUGUAGAAAAGAUCUCCCACUUGAAGGUCCGUCACAUAACAAAUCCAAGAACAUACCUCACAAAUCGAAGCAGGCCCCAGAUGAAAUGACAGAGGUUGUGCAAGGUCCACUAGACAAAAUGCCAAUUCACAGGAAAGAUCUCCCACCCAAGACUCUGUUCCCCAGUGAAUCCAAGAAAAUUCCUUACAAAUCAAAGCAGGUUCCCCAUGGAGUGGAGGAAGUUCUGCUUGAGCAGUCACACAAAAACUCAGUAUGUACAAAAGAUCUUGCACACGAUGGUCUGUCCACUAAGAAAUCCAACAAAAUUCCUCACAAAUCGAAGCAGAUUCGAGAUGAAAUGGAGAAAAUCUUGCAAGAACAGCCACACAAAAACUCAAUAUGUGUGAAAGAUUUUGCACCUGAGAGUUCAAUACCUAUCAAAUCGAAGCAGAUUCCAGAUGGACUAGAGGAAGUUGUACAGGAUCAGUCAAGCAAAAACUCAACAUGUAGUAAAGAUCUUGCACCCAAGGGUCUGUUAUCUAACAAAUCUUAUGAGAUUCAUCAGACAUCAAAGCCUUUUGCAGAUGAAGUGAAGAAAGUCCUCCAGGAGCAGCAACACAAGAACUCAAUCUGCAGGAAAGAUCCUGCACACGAUGGUCUAUCCCUUAAGAAAUCCAACAAGAUUCCUCACAAACCGAAGCAGAUUCUAGUUGAAAUGGAGAAAGUUUUGCAGGACCAGCCACACAAAAACUCAAUAUGCAGGAAAGAUGUUGCACCCAAAGGUCUGUCACCUCACAAAUCCAACAAGAUUCCUCACACAUCAAGGCAGUGCUCGGAUAAAGUGGAGAAAGUCCGACAAGAACAGCCAGACAGAAACUCAAUAUGUCCCACAAAUAUUGCACGUGAGAGUCCAUUGCCCCGAGUGCUCAAGAUGAUUCCUCACAAAUCAGACCAGGUUGCACAUGAAGUGGAGGAAAUUCUCCUUGAGCAGCCACACAACAUCUCAGUAUGUCAAAAAGAUCUUGCACAUGAUGGUCUUUCCCCUGAGAAAUCCAGUAAGAUUCCUCACAAAUCGAAGCACUUUGUAGAUGAACUGGAGAAAGUCCUACAGGAGCAGCAACAAAAUAACUCAACAUGUAGGGAAAACUUUGCACAUGAGGUUCUGUUGCCUAGCAAAUCCAAGACGAUUCCUCACAAAUUGAAACAGGUUUCAGAUGAAGUAGAAAAACUCUUGCAAGAGCAGCCAGGCAAAAACUUCUUAUGGAUGGAAGAUCUUGCAGCCCAGAGUCUGGUGCCUAACCAGUCCAAGAAUAUUCCUCACACAUCCAAGCAUGUUCUAGAUGAAGUGGAGGAAGUCCCUCAGGAGCAGCCUGCUCACCUCCCAGCAAGCAACCGGCUUAUGACCAGAGCACUGAAGGCAAUGCAUGAUGCUGAGCAGAAGAAACGUGAGAGAUCUCAGAGAGGGGCUGAACAGAAACAACUCUUAGAUUCCUUCAGAACAGCUCAGGAUCUUGAUUUGAAUUCUGAGCCCAAGCUGGAAUUUUGCACUAAAAUGAAAUCCCUGAAGUCUUGUGACACUACCAAUGGUGAGUGUAAUCAGGACUCGUUUUCUAGCACUAGCACCUCCCCGGCGGUGUUUUCUGAUUCAAAUGACUUUGAAACUGAUGUCAAAAGUGAAGAUGGAGACCUUUCUAUAUCUUCAACUCCACCAAUGGACUUCAUACCACUUACUUCUCGAAUGAAGGAAAAUAAGCAAGACCAUUUCUCAAACAUGCGGAACACAACUUCACCCACCUCACCUUUCUCUUUCAUGGAUGCCUUUAAAAAUGUGGAAGAGAUCUCCUUUCAGUCUCUGACAAAUGAAGCCGAUGGUAAGCCCAUUUCCUUCAAGCCAGAUGCAAAUUAUAAAUUCAGCACUUUUCUCAUGAUGUUGAAGGACUUGCAUGACACCAGAGAUCGAGAUGGUACACCCUUAGAGUUGGAUAUUGGGCCACCAAGUGCACAUGUGAAAGAAGAACCCUUAGUGAUGCCAGGGGAGGCUACACCAGCAGUCAGUGACCUGCAAAAUAUAUAUGUCUGUAGAAAUAUAAAUUCCAGUCCAAACAAAAUUAUAUUCUCACGCAAGGACAAUGGCACCGGCCAAAUUUUCAAAAGACCCUACAACAGAAGGCGCAGCUCCACAGGGUUGAAAAAGAAAGCAAACUGCAAAGUGCCUUGUCGUCCCGCUAGAUCUGGACCUGGUUUCCCAGGACUAGAUCCACCACCAGGAUCCUCAUGCUUGCCAAAAACGGACUCGCGACUCGAUUGUUUGCCACUGUUCCAGAGUUGGGAGAGGCAGGCUGGAGAGGGUGAAGGAGUUAUAAAGGCGGUGCAGGACGAGGAAGAUCGAUGGAGCAAAAUAAAGGAGAACCUGCAGAACAUGGUGCCUUCAGGGCAGGCGCGACUUGACACCACGAUGCACAUGGAACAGCUUAAUGGCCUCGUUGCAGACCCGACAAGUGCAAGCUUGGCAUACACUGCUGGAGAAGGUGACAAGGCUGCAGCAGCGCACAAAAGAAUAAGAAAACCCAGCAAGAGGCUGAUUGAAUGGACUGAAGAGUACGACCAGAUUUUCUCUACCAGAAAGAAAGCCAAAAAGCCUCUCCAGUCAAUUGGAAAGGCCCCUCAACCCAUUACCUCCAUGUCCGAACCCACUGAACCGGCAGGGUUGGACCAGGACACGCUCCACCACCCCUCCUUGAAUUUGCUUCCUGAAAUACAGACUCCACCUCCGGAGGAGAUCACGGCGAUGACACACUCUGUGCUGCAGAUAACCAACUCCGAGAGCGCCUCUCCACAAGAGACCCCGGUGCUCUCAAUCGACACUUUAACCCCGCCUCCCGAAGCUGAACCGCCGGUGACAGACGGCACUGUCAAAGACAGCGGCGGAGCUCCCCCGCUGGAGAAGAAGAGGAAGAGGAAACCCACUCAGAAGAUCCUGGAGUACUGUCUGGAGGCCGAGGCGCUGCCAGUGCCAAAGAAGAAGGUCAAAACACUGAAGAUCACUUCACAUCCUGGUUCUCAGUCCGAUCCUGCAACUCUGUCUCUCAAACUGAAGACCAAACCUCUCAUUUCGACGGCGCCGCCGGAUAUUUCCUCUAGUGCGUCGAAACAGUCCGCUCCCGCCAACCACGGCAGUCCCGUCCCGUCCACGCCUGAGCCCAGGCCGUCAGCGGCGGCGCUUGAAGACGCCGGCAUCCGCCAACACGAGGAGAGCACGCCCGAAGCGGUCAGAAAGGAUACAGCAGAGCCCACGCGCGACGCGCCGGGCCUGGAACACAGCUUCUCCUCACUGAAGGACGAGCUGUCGCUGUGUGACGACGCUCUGUCGCCCUGCAGGAAGAUCAUCGGGGACCGAGGAGGGCCGGCCUCCAUGAAGGAGAACAUCUGUCAGGUGUGUGAGAAGACGGGCGAGCUGCUGCUGUGUGAGGGUCAGUGCUGCGGGGCUUUCCACCUGGCCUGCAUCUCGCUGGCCGAGGCGCCCAAAGGGAAGUUCAUCUGCCCCGAGUGCAAAUCAGGCGCCCACACCUGCUUCGUGUGUAAGAAGCGCAGCGCGGACGUGCGCCGCUGCAUGAUUCCCGUCUGUGGGAAGUUCUACCACGGCGAGUGCAUCGCCAACUUCGCCCCCACGGCGCCGGUGAGCCGCGGCUUCCGCUGCUCCAUCCACGUCUGCCUCACCUGCUUCAUCUCCAACCCCAACAGCUCGUCCAUCUCCAAAGGUCGCCUGGUCCGAUGCGUGCGCUGCCCGGUGGCCUAUCACGCCAACGACCUCUGCAUGGCGGCGGGCAGCGUGGUGCUCUCCAACAACAGCAUCGUGUGUCCCAAUCACUUCGCUCCCCGCCGCGGCGUGAAGAACCACGAGCACGUCAACGUCAGCUGGUGCUUCGUCUGCAGCGAGGGGGGCAGCCUGCUGUGCUGCGAGUCGUGUCCUGCUGCAUUUCACCGCGAGUGUCUGAACAUCGAGAUGCCCAAAGGCAGCUGGUUCUGCAACGACUGCAAGGCGGGGAAGAAGCCUCGCUACAAGGACAUCCUGUGGGUGAAGGUGGGCCGCUACAGGUGGUGGCCGGCAGAGGUCAGCCAUCCCAAAACCAUCCCGGAGAACAUCCAGAGAAUGAGGCACGAUGUCGGCGAGUUCCCCGUCCAUUUCUUCGGCUCCAACGACUACCUGUGGACCUACCAGGCCCGGGUCUUUCCCUACAUGGACGUGGACGCCAACAGCAAGGAGAAGAUGGGGAAGGGCGUCGACGCCACCUACAAGAAAGCUCUGGAGGAGGCGGCUGUCCGGUUCCGUGAGCUGCAGGCGGAGAAGGAGCUUCGGCAGCUUCAAGAGGACAGAAAGAACGACAGGAAGCCGCCGCCAUACAAACACAUUAAGGUGAAUCGGCCGAUCGGGAAGGUUCAGAUCUUCACGGCCGACCUGUCGGAGAUCCCCCGCUGCAACUGCAAGGCCACCGACGAGAGCCCGUGCGGGAUGGACUCGGAGUGCAUCAACCGCAUGCUGCUGUACGAGUGUCACCCGCAGGUGUGUCCGGCGGGCGAGCGAUGCCUCAACCAGGCCUUCACCAAGCGUCAGUACAGCCAGGUGGAGAUCUUCAGGACGCUGUCCCGGGGCUGGGGCCUCCGCUGCGUCCACGACAUCAAGAAGGGCCACUUUGUGAGCGAGUACGUUGGCGAGGUGAUCGAUGAGGAAGAGUGCAGGUCGAGGAUCCGGCACGCUCAGGAGAACGACAUCUGCAACUUCUACAUGCUGACUCUGGACAAGGACCGGAUCAUCGACGCGGGGCCAAAGGGGAACGAGGCUCGCUUCAUGAACCACUGCUGUCAGCCCAACUGUGAGACCCAGAAGUGGACGGUGAGCGGAGACACCCGGGUGGGGCUGUUCGCCCUGGUGGACAUCGCUGCAGGCACCGAGCUCACCUUCAACUACAACCUGGAGUGUUUGGGCAACGGGAAGACGGUGUGUAAGUGCGGGGCGCCGAACUGCAGCGGCUUCCUUGGGGUCAGGCCGAAGAAUAACCCGCCGUCCGACGACAAAGGCCGCAAGCUGAAGAGGAGGGGCCACGGCAAGAGGAGGAAGAAGGCGGUGGUCACCAAGGAGCGCGAGGACGAGUGCUUCAGCUGCGGAGACGGCGGGCAGAUGGUGUCCUGCAAGAGGCCGGGCUGCCCCAAGGUCUACCACGCCGACUGCCUCAACCUCACCAAGCGGCCCGCAGGUCGCUGGGAGUGUCCCUGGCACCAGUGCGACGUCUGCGGGAAGGAGGCAGCGUCCUUCUGCGAGAUGUGCCCCAACUCGUACUGCCUGCAGCACCGCGAGGGCCUGCUCUUCAUCUCCAAGCUGGACGGGAAGCUGUCCUGCAGCGAGCACGACCCCUGCGGCCCCGACCCCCUGGAGCCGGGGGAGAUCCGGGAGUACGCGCCGCAGCCCGGGACGCUGCCGCCCGGCCUGGGCAUGGCCGUCAUCCCCCCCGCCGCCGCCGGCGCCGCCGCCGCUCAGCCCGCCGCCGCUCACCUCCCCGCCGUCAGGAAGGCCGUGGGAGUCGGCGCCGGAGCCUCCGAGCCGUUUCCGGCCUUCUCCAUCCCGGUGCCGAUCACCAUCCCCGUCACGGGCAGCGCCGCUGCCGCCGCCGCCGCCACCGCCACCUCGCCGCCGCCCUCCGGCUCCGACCCGCCCGGCAGCCCCCACGUCUUCGACCUGCCGCACUACUCGCCCAUCUCCUCCUACGAGGAGGAGCGGGAUGUGCUGGAGGAGGACGAGGAGGAGCUGCUGGCCGAGGAAGAGGAGGAGGAGGAGGAGGAGGAAGAGGAGGAGGAGGAGGAGUUAGUGGAAGAGGAGGGCGAGCAGAAAUCAGACGACGGGGAGGAAGAGGAGGAGGAGGAGGAGGAAGAGGAGGAGGAGGAGGAAGAGGAGGAGGAAGAGGAGGAAGAAGAGGAGGAGGAGUGAUGCACAUCAGACUUUAAUUUCCAGAGUGAAUCGAUUCUCUUCCUGGACGUUCGGGAGGAUUUUUAGGACAAAACUACAGCAGAGCAGCAUAAACAAACGGAGGUGUGUAAAUAGAAAUAUAAACCGCUGUAUCGACGCUGUAUAGAUUUAUAUAAACACUGACGUUUCCUCCCCGCUCAGUCUAUUUAUGCUCUCCGUCUCUGUGGUUUUGUCCUGAUCGUCCCCGUUGCUUCACACUCCACACCUGGAAACAGCUGUCCUCCUGGUUCCUCCUCUCUGCUCCGCUGACGGGUCCGUCCGGUCCAGCUCCAGAUGUUCGAUUCGCUGCAGGACUGACGAUCGGACUGGAAUCGCGUCAGGAGGAAGAAAAAGAACUUUGAAUUUAAAUCUGGAGGAAGUCGAACUGAACCGACAUCAGAUUCAUUGAGACGCUGACGGCGAGGACGGCGAGGACGGCGAGGACGGCUGCCUCCACUGUAUUUACUGAAACAUGACUGAACCCGUCGGAGGGACUGGCUGAGCGGAUCGGAGGCCGCUCCGCUGUCCGCCGUUGCUCUGUAGUCAUUAUUUAUCUGCUGUUCUGUGACGCACAAACCAACCAGGCGGUUCGGCGGCGGCGGCGGCGGCGGCGGGGCGGCGGCGACGCUCACCGGGAGACACGGACUCCUCGCUCGCACUGCAGUACGUGUUGGUGCCACAUGUUUUCGCUCUGUCUUCAAGCUUAAUAUCGUCCGUGUGUGAUCUGCCAGCGCCUUAGAGUGUGUUUGUCUGGAGGUAUUUUUUCAGGAAGGGUCCGGCGCCGCCCUGCGGGAGCCGCCUUCCCCUACUUCUGCCUUUUUACAGUAACGUUUCAUUCCAGUAUUCUGUUGACCCGCUAGAUCUCCACCAUCCACCGCUCGAUAAAUAUAUGAGAAGUUAUCAAAUAACAACCUGGUACUGGCAUUUUUUAUUUAUUUUUAAACUCAUCUGUCGUUCAUGAUUAAAAUAAAGAGUAAACACUUGA